UUGGUUACUAACUAUAGAUGUAAUCUUUCCUAUUACCCAACAGUAAAAGUUGUUAUCAAAGAGUCUUUACAUACAAUCUCUCGAUAAAGAACUGAUUUAUCACUUAAUAAGGUUUCUUUUUUCUUUUCCUGGGUUCUCAGAUAAUACAUUUACCCUAUAAAAAUAAUAUUGAAAGAGAUUUUAAAAAUAAUUUUUAAAAAUGCCUUUGUGCCCUACAUUGAAAAUUUAGCGAAGGAAAGUAAAAUUCCACAGAUUUUAGGAGCCCUGCUGUUAAGUUUCUCUGCAGGAACAGUAACAGGGACACCUUUGGCUUUGGAAGUAGUGUAAUACCCAGCUCCCCAUGUGCAGUUAGUGUGCUGAUGGACUGCCAGCCUCCCUGUAUUGAAGGACAUGUUCCAGGCAAGAUCAGGCCCCCAGAAAGCUGCAAGGGAACAUUACAAAACAUAUCUCAGGCAGCUGGAGAGUGGGGGAGUUGCCUAUCUAUCUCAUGCAGGCAAGGUCAGGAAAACAGCAGUAUGAAAGUGCAACCCUGUGGCUUGUGGAAAUAGCACCAUGACCUCAAAUUUCCUCAGGCUCUGCCUCUUCCUGAGUGAUUCACUCUCACAAGCUGACGAGUGUCAAACAGCUGGAGAGACGCUUGUCAGAUGUACUUCACUGUGCUAUGGUGUCAGUAUGUGUUGUGUUGUCUUUUCAGUGAAUUCAGGCUGGCAACACAGGCGCUCAGCCUGGUUCUACAUGGCACUGGUCCUGGGAGCCCUUGUGCUUGUCCUGCUAGGUGUCAUAGCUGUACUAGCCAAGCAACUUUUGAAGUGCAGAGCAAGCAAAUCAGAAAGUUUGUCCCAUAUUGGUGUAAAUAGCACUGGCAAUCACACCUCCUCAGAGAAGACUGUCUUGGCAGUGCUCCUGAAAUGGCUCAUGGAGGAACUGUGUGAAGAUGGACAGGGAAGAACAUGCGAGCUGUGUCCUCCUGGGUGGCAACUGCACAGGAGCAGAUGUUACUACUUCUCUGAGGAGGCUGUAAGCUGGGAUGAUAGCCAGAAAAACUGUCUGGCCAGGAAAUCCCAGCUUCUUGUUAUUGAAGAUGAAAUUGAAAUGGAAUUCAUAGACAAUAAAGAGAAAGAUACCAAAUAUAUCUGGAUUGGCUUGAAGAUUCCAGAAAUGAAGAAACAAUGGAGUUCAGUUGAAGACCCUGGAGUAAAAGAAAACAGGAAAGCUAUAAAGAGAAUUGAGACUGACAAGAACUGUGCUGUUUACAGAAGAAAAAACAUGAUCCAAGUAGAUAACUGCCAGACUUUAAAGAAGUGGAUCUGUAAGAAGAAUGCAACUUUGUUGGUGCUUUGAGCCAAAUCAUAGAAUCACAGAAUAGUUUGGGUUGGAAAGGACCUUAAAAUCAUCUAGUUCCAACCCCCAAUCAUCAGCCAACAGGCAGAGCUUUCUCUCAGAAGACCCAUUUUACUGAUAAAACAACAUGUGAUGUAAAUAAUUAAGAGAUUUCCACAGAAAUCUGUAUUUUGCUGUUCUGUGAUCCCUAAGACUUUUGUUUGGAUGCAAACAGGGAACUCGGAAGCUGCCAGGUGCCUGUGUGAAGGUCAUGCAACAGGACUGCACAUCAGCAUGUCUGGAUCUGGGGGUGCUGAGCCUUCUCACAGACAGUCACUGGCAGCAGUUGCCUCUGGGAAAAGGCAAGGGAGAAGAGGUACUCAUGUGAAGAUGAGCACUGUGCACCUGAACUGUGUGAUGCGCAAGAAAUUAGAAGCUGAAUUCUUACUCAUUUCCUAGAAUUUAUGCAAUAAUUUCAGGGCCAGUCAACGGGAGAUUCUAAAUUUCCAGAGUUUUACUAUAAUUUCAUGUACUUUUUACCUUAACCAUAUGGGAUUAGUUGUGUUUGGAGGAAAGAGAGCAAAACAAAAUCUAGCAUUAAAAUCCAAGCUGCAACUCUGCCACAACUGCACAGACUGGAAUUAGAGUCUUUGUUAACAAUGAGAGAGAGAAACAAGUCCAACAUGGCUUUUGAAAUUUAAAGCAUUUAUCUCAUCUUUGCUGUGAUACACACAAUUAAAGGCAGCUGCAGUUUCCCAGGCACAUUGUCUCAUACCUGCACUAGAUGUGUAGUGUCCCUGUGGAGGGAUGUGGUUAAUGUCUAGCAACUUGUGAUGAGUAACCAACAUACAUGCUUGCUUGCACAUGAGCUCUUGGUAUAAAGUCCUAUGGCUUUUGCAUGCAAAUGACUGCAGCUAUGGAACAAAACGAGCAAUAUGGUAAGACCUAGAGACUGACACCUCUCCAUCUGCACACAUUGAUGGGCAACAUUGCACUUAACAGAGGUGCUAGGACAGAGAUGCUAGGAAGGUAGUAGGCAUGUAUAAGUGAGAGUUAAAAAGGCAUAAGAGAUCUUCAGUGAAAGAGAUACCAAGCACAGUCUGCUGUGUUCCACUGGCACAGCACAAUGGAUCUUCAUUACUUUGGGGCUACAGAUUGAACAGUACAGUAUCUUCAGGGUGGCUGACUUCUUUUCAAAUGAAUAAACAACACAGAAUUACUCCCUCCAGAAUGCAGCAUCACCAGCUAAAGACUCAUUUGAAAAACUGGUUUUCUCAUGUUAAAAAAAAAACAGUGAAAAAUCCCCCAAAUUCAGUGCAGCAUGUGUUUGGGGAAAAGGAGUGGUUUGUUUAUUCUAAACAGACAAGCAAAGGCAAGGGAAGAGCCUGAAAUGAGUAAGAUAUAUCUAUCUAUCUACAGUAUACAUAUCUGUCCAUACGUAUUUUUACAUAGAUAUAUUCCAGUUGAGGAAAUAUAACUUCAAGGUACUUAAAGCAUAUCCU